GUUCAUUGCCAACGAGUUGAAAGUUAUAAUUCCCCUUCUACUCGUGGGAAAUUUUUUUAGUAGGAAUUCACAGUCUUCUUGCAUUUAUACCUGGUUCAUAAGGUACGUUAUAGACUAAUUCUCUGGUCAGCCAUGGUAACUUAAGAAAUGUAAGAAACGGAACCUUAGUUUAAAUAUACAAUGUAGUUUAUCCUGUUCUUUUGACUGAAGUUUACUCCGUUUCAAGAGUUUUAAAUCAAAGGCACCUUAUUGUUGUGCUCUUAUUUUGAAAUUAAGAUUUUUUUUUUCGAAUUUGACUAUGAUACUAAGACAUGAUAAUCCUGUAAUACGUUUUGAACAGAACCCUUGAAGUUUGCUCGAUGAAGUUACCGGCAGUUCUUGUGGUAUUCAUUGUUCUCUGUCAAAAAACAGUAGCAGGUGAGAUAAUAUCUCAAAACACUGGAUAAGAGUAAAAAUACUUUGUUAUAAUUGCAAGGACUUCAGGUAAGAAAUACUUCCUCCAAGCUAAAAAAUAACUUGAGAUUGCAUCAAGCAUCGUGCUGAUCUAAAAGCCAUUUGCCAAUAGGCUAUGCAUGCAGUCGUCAAAAAUGGAAUGCAGGCUUGGAAAUAUCCCUGUUUUCAGUAACGUUGCCUUAGGGUUUCUGCUAAUCUGGGGCAGCCAUUUAAUCUUUAAGCUCAGUGACAAAUAUCAGUCCUAAUUGGAGAUUAACAUUAACACUUCGAAAUGAGGUCCUAUAACACAAGGCAAAAUAGGAAAAAAAAAGAUAAAAUAAUAUUUUAACUAGUAUUUCAACCACUGACAGUUCUAAGUUAAUCAAGGCGCUUGGCAGUUUUAUAUAUUUAAUAAGUCUUAGCAAAUUACUCUUAUAACAAAAUGCCUUUGAGUCAUUUUCUGUCCUCAAAUUUCAAAUGUAAGAUCCGAAUUUUCCUAUUUGCAGCAGAGAGAAAGGAAAGUUAGGUACCGAACAAAUUGAAUCCGUAAACUGCCGUUUGUAAGCCCUCAGGUCUCAUACAAAUUCUUAAGGGGGUUUUUAGGAGCGCUUACAAAUGGAGGGGCUUAUAUCUGUGGGGGAUUUUAACCGGAAUAAAAAGAGCGCUUUGAAACAAGCGUUGAUCAAAAAACGUUCUGCAUUUACUGGUUCAGAAUGUCAUAAUAAAUAGAAUUCAUUUCAACAAUAGCUAUAGAAGAACCUAGAGGGGGGUUUAUAUCCGGGGUUUAUAGGUAGAUGGGCCUCAACGGGGGUGGGAGUGGGGGGUUUAUAAGUGCGAGGGGAGGAGCUUGUAAGCAGCAGUUUACGGUAUCUCAGGACGUCCUUCAUCGCGCACUAUUCAUGGAGUCUGGUUUAAAGGCCUGUAGACAAAAGCGCCAAUAAACUGUUGCUGGAUCAGAUUUAUUUACUUGUUUGAUUUAACCAACGUUAUUAGUAUAAAUUCUACGUUUAAUUUGUUCGAAUGAUUUUACUUUGAAUGACACGCCCCUGAGUGUCCAUAUUUGGGAAUCGUUAAAUAUUAAACCCACUUCAUAAUGCUGUUUAAAGCACCUCUUUCCAAACCACCUUAAACUCAACCUAGGCUAAUAUUCUCUAAUGGCAUAAAUUUUUACACGUUGGUCAAAGGGCAACUUUAUACCAACUUUAUUUGUACGGUGGAGCUUUAGCGCUCGCCUCGGCAGCAAGGCAGGGUCGGUAAUCGUAAGUGAGACCAUGCUGGAAAUGCCAUGCUGAUGACUGCUAACAAGGACGAAACAGCUGUCCAUGGCUACCACUGCCGGGGUAAUAAGGCUGUGCACAUGCUUAAGGUACUGGCCAUACUGCGCUCUCAAACUGCGCUUGCGGAGUUGGUAGUGUGUGCUACAGUUGGUAACUGUGGUACCGAUUUUCAGCUUGUUUGUUUUGAGCAGACGCUAACAGAUUUGGAGAACAUGGUCUAAUGCAGUGGCUCAUAUAGCAUGAUGAAUAAGCCAAUCGGAGAUCUAGAAUUGCAUUAUCCUACUCGAUUUCAAUUGUUAGUAUUGCCAAUUUAGGGUCGACAUUAUUCCUGCGAUAUGGAAUUAACUUUUAUAUUAACUAUGGCUGAGAAAUUACGAUCAAUAGAGCCGAAUUAUCUGAUCAUCACGCUAAGCGUCUUUUGUGUGUGAAUGCAUCGUCCAAGCCUCAGAGGGCUGGCAUGAGUUUGGAAGGAAAUGUUCAACUUCAGUUUUGAAAUAACAGUUGUCUUCUAUACUUUUACCUUUGUCUGCUGACAUUUUUUCACAGAGGAUGAAAGUGCAAGCGGUGAGUUAUCAGGCAAUGAAGGUAAGGAGUCAUCGGAAUUAUCUCAAGUUGUGACGAUAAACCCUGAGGAUGACGACAAAUGCGACCCUAACCCCUGCAGAAACGGGGGCACGUGUGUGAGUAACUACAAUUAUAUUGACGGCUACGUCUGCGAGUGCGCCGAUGACUUUGGUGGAAUUACCUGUGGAGGUGGGUAGUAUGGCUCUAAUAGCAAGCAUAACCAGAAUCAAAAGAACUCUAGAAGGAUGACAGGUCCAAUCAAACAUUGCCUGCUCGCCAAACGUUGAUCGUGAGUUUCUGGGGCAUUUGUAAACUUUGUGGCAAAGCUUUUUUAACCUUUGUUAAAAAGUGAAAUUGUGUCGAUGGCAGCAAAAAACGACCUAUAUUUUACACUUACAUUGGUACAUUCGUGUGACAUUUCUCGACCAAAGUUAAGUCAAGGUAGAGAACGUUGACCUGGCGAUAUCUUGACACCAGUAUUUCUUCUUAAUUUUUGCCAACAGAACUCAAGUGCCGAAUAACACUUCCACGCUUUUCGUCACCUCAGUGCCUCAUAAAGAGAGAACUUAGUAGGCACAUCAAGAAAACACUUAUAAGACUGACUUCUGCAUCGGACAACCGUUAUUCCAAGUAGGUGGUCGGGAGUAGAGUUUUAAGCUUUGCAUAAGCUUCACCUGUAAUGUGACAACUUCUUCCUCUGUUUAUUCUACGCUUUUCUUUUGUCGUUACCCUUUUACAACAGCACUUUCACGUUAAGUUUAUGAAAAACGUAGCUUGAGAGAACGUCUAUCGUUCUCGAAUACAUUAGCAAUCGUUUGAGCAUCUCGAUCUGUUUCCUGUUUCCCGAUUGCCGUCUGCUGUAAACAAGAUGCUUGACCUCUCUAAUCUAACAACACGAAAGGCAGGCAAAAGUAUCCAGGCCAGGCAAGGUGUUGCUUGCUUUUAGUAUCAAGCUCAGAUACCAACGUAGAAGGAUACAACGAGUCGGUUGAGGGCGGAGGAGGCAGAGCGGGUCGGGGGAAGGUCGAAUCCUCAAGAUUGCACCUUUUUGCAAGAGCUUAUGGAAUUUAUUUGUACGAAAAGGAUAAAAACCAAUAUAGCAGAAGGCUAUUGGUUUGAUGGUCUCAGCAGUACAAUACUCAUAAUUAUAUUAUGGAGAGGUUAAGCAACCAUGUCAAAGGCGGCUGCAAAAACUCCUCACUUAAAAAAUGAAUUCGGACUAUUUUAAAACGCUGAAAAACGAAUCGAAAAGCUUGUUCCAGGUUCCGAGAUAGUCGGGUCCUCGGGUAUUGAGAAAAGCACGAACAUGAAAAUAAAACGGGAAGAAACUGGUAAGAGGAAGGGUGGCAGAGCCUGUAAUCAUUUCUUUAAACGGCUUGUACCGGUAUACUAGCUUCUGGUAUACCCUCUGAUUGGUCGGAUCUGACAGGUUACAUCAACACUUCUCAAUGCGUUCGUUUCUGUCUCUCAGAGAGAUGGCGUGCAGCGGCGUUCCACACGCGUGAAAUAGAGAAAUCCUGGAUAACCCCUAUGUUCAACGAACGUAUUUACCAGAUUUCCUGCGCAUAGGAACGUUGAGGAAGGAACACAAGACCUGCCUCUAGAGUACAAUCUACCUAACAAAGAAAAAAAAUUUCAAUAGUAGUGUGUUGCCUACCGACCCCAUUUUUACACCCGGAAGGGAUUAGCCACUCAUCACCGGACAUUUGAAAUGCUUGACAGCCAAAAUCAAAUGGGGGGGGGCUCAUAAAAGAAAUUAUUACAGACUCUCUCUUUCUUUGCUCUUCCUUGUUCCUUCACCAACAACCCCCCUCCCCCCGCCACCCCCACCACCACUUCUUUCACUUUUGUGUCUUCCCGUCUGAGUGCUUGGAACAGGAGUAUAAAUCACACCAGUCUUGCAACAAUUAGGGUUGUUACAAGUUGCGAAAAUUUGUUCCAGAAAGUAGAGAGAGGUUCUACCUUUUGCAACAAAAUUUGUAAAAUGUCUUGUGUUCACGUCCUCUAUAAUGUGUGAAGAUAAGUUUCAUGUUUUUAGUCUUCCCAAGAUGGCAAAGAAAUGCUCAAGCUUGACUACCCGCUAGUGCAUUUUCACUCUGAUGAGCAUUUAUUGGUAGUCGUGCUUUAAUGUGAUUUCCUUAAGCAGGUCAGAUGAUCUGAUGGUGCCAACCUUGUCAAAGAAAGGCGCAGCAAGCUUUGUUCAAAGUGCGUCUACGGAUCCAUUCACCAUAGAGUGGUAUAUGAAAAUGACAGACAACGCUGACAUCAACAAAGAUCUUGAGUCACACUUUACUCUCAAAGAUCCUCGUUUCCACGAAACACCAACUUUGAUUGACUUUGCAGUAGUGUUUGAGGCCUUCUACAAGCAUCACAGGGUAACUAUCUGGUUUUUCGUGGCAUAGCUUGAACUCAGUCUCAUGUUUGAGAUUUAUACACACAAUAGCUACUUCAUUAAAGUUGUUGUCGUUGUCACGACAUUGAAAUAUUUGUCGAUUCUAUACCGUAGAAUUAGAUACCUUCUCAGGCGUUGAAUCUCUCUUACUGUUCUUUUUACUAUUUUGAAUUCUUUACAUUUAAAAAUUGUUGCUUCUCUUUAAUUUUGCCUAACAAACUCUUUCUUACAUUAUUAAUUCUUUAAGUUUAGCUAACAUGAGACUUAUCUGUGAGUAACUGAGUUUAAAAUUAGGCCAUCAAUAUAGAUGAUGAACAGUACGGGACCUAGUAUGGAGCCUUGUGGGAUUAAGUCAUCUGAAACCCGACAACCCGCUUUUGAUGAAAUCAAAUUUCUUUAGAAACGCAGUGCUAUGAGUGCCUUGAAACUCGUUCCUGCAGUCGAAGAGAACUUUUUCAAGGACCGCUGUUUUGCAGAUCAGCGGGUUGCAGGAGCUAAUCCAUUCCAGCUAUGGCGAGUGACAAAUAACGAAGGUGAGGAUAUAAAUAUUAUAGCUGCAGUGGCCAACAUCUUUAUCAAAAUAAUCGCAAUCUGGUGUCUGAAUCGUGAUCAAAGUAAAAGAACCCGCUUAAUAGAGAGGAGAAGUCGUUACGUCACCUUGCCGUGGUAGCAAAAUUUCCGGAUCUCAACAACCGCAGUCCUGAAGAUAUGCCGGCUAAAAAACAAAAAAUGGUUUGUAUGACUUCCUCUGUGCAUGAUUGCACUCAGGAACAACACGGUAGCCUAUACUUUUCUUCCAUCGUUUGACAAUGAGAAAUGCCGUCUCUGUCAAGGAUUUUUGAGAUUCAGAAAUUUUGCUUCCAUGAACAUGAUGUGACGUCAAACUUCUCCUCUCUAUUUUCUGGUUUAUUAAGCAGCAAAGUCAGUCAACCUUCAAAUGAAGAGUGUCAAAAAUCACUACAACCCAAGAAAUGUAACUGUUGCUAGUUUGUUUAUUGCUUGCCGAUCAAUUGAACUCUGAAACUCUCUUAUUUCAUUUUCAGGAGAAAAUGGUAUUCAGUGGCACGAUCUUUUUGAUGAGAAACUGAAUAAGGACUUCAAAUGGGCCGAAACAUUUGAGGCGGCUCUUGGCACAGGAGACAAAGACGCUUUAGAAAAGGUUUGCAGAACAAAUGGUUUACAGUCAAGGCAGGUCAAGCGUACCCCCCUCCCCAAGAUUAUAUUAAUGAAUUUAUUAUUUGAAAAAUGAAUGGUUACUCGUUCCUGUAACUGGUUAAUGGGCAGUGAAUAUUUUACGAGAACUUCUCUGUAUUUGGUCAGAUUGAAAAUCUUUGGAUGGAUUAAGUUUCUUAGAAGACAUUUACAUCAAAUUCGGGAAAACUCAGCUGGUAGAAAUUGCAUAACUGCCUCGCGUGUGAAUUCACGGCUCAUUUAUGCAUGCAAAAAUGCAGAGAUCAAUCUGAAAUCUACAACUGGGAACGGAUUCAACUUUCGAAUAAUGAAUUCAUUAGUGGAUUCUUUGGGGGUACGCUUGACCUGGUUUGACUGUAAAUAUUCAUUUUAUCUUGGUGGUGAUAAAUUUAUUUCUCAAGAGCAAUAAAUUUCACGUUAAUGGAAGUGCUGGUCCACACAAGGGUUAAAUUAAGUAGCGAUUGCAUGAGACUUUGAGACUUAUAGCUGGCAAGACAAAAAGGAUGUGAAUUAUUUGUUAAACAUUCAUUCAUUCACUCAUUCAACUCAUUCAAUCAUUUUAUUGAGUUUUCAGUUACUCAAAGGAUACUUAAAUGAUAUUAAGAAUUACGUAGAUCCUCGUUAGCCUUUAGCUUUGGCAGAUAUGAAAUGUAAUCGAUUAAAAGAUCAAGAUCUUAUUUAAAAUCACGUAUCAUUGAAGUAAUAAAAUCUUUGUAUUUUUGGUGUUGUUUUCUUGCUCGCAUGGUUCACAAGAAAUACAGUAUAAUGAAAACUUGCAGUAGAACUUUCUUUCUUUUAUUUUCUAGGCCAUUGAAAAUGGACAGGUUUAUGUUAACAUUUACCCCGCGCUGGAUGGCGUAAAGAUGCCGCAGGCGUUACUACAUGAUGUCAAGUUUAAUCAUACCGUUGUACAAAUGACGUCACCGAUAGCAUUUUUUGUUGUUAGCGAAGCUGAGCUUGGUAUAAAACGCCUUAAUCCUGUUGCAAUUCAGAUGGACUAUACACCAGAUUCUAAAGUCUACACUCCGUUGGACGGUAAAAACUGGUUCCUCGCUAAAUCGUUUGUGCAAAGAGCCGAUUUCAACGCUCUUCACUUGAUAGAGAAACGUCUCAAGACUCAUCUCUACUUAGAUGCACCUUGUACUCUGUCGGAAAAAUACUUCUCUGAAUAUCACCCUGUUUAUCAGCUUUUAAGACAGCACUGCCGGGCAGCCUUGGAAACCAAUAAGCUGUUUGAAAUAAAGUUAUUCGGUAAGAUCUUUCUGUUUUUCAACGCCUUAUUAGCUUUUCUUUGAAUCCUUUAAUAAUGAAGCAUGUUAUUUAAUAAUACAUGCAUGUCACAGGCCUUGCCCCUCCGUGGCAUAUACUAAGGGACGAUGAUAAACCUUUAAAAGUGAAAGUUUAAGAGCGAUCUCUUAAAACCAAGUUCGUUCAACUGACUGGGCAUAAUGAGUUAAAUCUUAUCGGCAAUCGCAUCAAGCACAAAUCAGGAGAUUAAGUUCAACUUACGUAGAAGCAAAUCCAUGCUUCCACCGUUUUAUUAUUAUUAAUAUUGUUAUUAUUAUUAUUAUUAUUAUUAUUAUUAUUAUCAUUAUCAUCAUUAUUAUUAUUAUUAUUAUUAUUAUAGUAAUAAUAAAUAACUGGGAUGACCUUUACAAGAUAAUGAGAACUAUAUUGGAUUUGGCGGUACGUGGAACUUUUGACGUAAAAGUCAGAUUUGUGUCACUUUUUUUUAAAUCUAUUUCUACAAAUAAAUAUUCUGUCGCUUUUGAAACAAAAAGUAAGCGCUUUUUUUUGCUUAAAAAUAGUUUAAUAUCCUAUAAAAAUGAGCAGCCGACUCUUUCCAAAGUUCACAAUAAUGUAUCUGGGGAAUAAAAGCCACGGUGACAAAACUUCUUGAAAACCCCCCACUCUUCCCCUUACACGUGCUGCAUCAGUUUAAAUUACAACCGAUCUGAUAUUUCAUUUGUUAAACGUUGCAAAGGAAUUUCAUCGAUAUGAUUGAACAUAACAGUAAUUUUUGAAAUAAACAGUUCGUCAUUGAUACGAUUUUAUCGUACUUUUUUCUCUCUCUUUCCUUGUAACCAGGUAAAAGCGCCCCAGUUUACAAAGUUCUAAGUGUUGACUAUUCCAGUGCCUUAGAAAUGCUUAAUAAAGAGUACGAGAAUAUGAUAUUUGACGACUUGGACUUGAAAAAAGACUUGAAGGUUAGCUUUCAUCUUCUGUUAGCGGUCUAUUACUUUCUGAGUCUAUGUUAAUUGGUAAAAGUAAAAGAUAGUAUGCUUUAUACUAGUAAUAACUAAGGGCGACAUCCAACGAUGUGAUGGGUGCUUCACGUGAUAGAGGGUCAAAAUACGCGUGAUGUCUUCGGUUGAGCAGGCGUGUGUGGGGAGGGACAGAAAACGAGGUCCCCUAAAAACGCCCGCGUGGGAGGCUAGCUACAUACGUGCUGGGCAUGGGUAAUAGCAUCCUGUAGAUUAGGAUUACGGGCUCCUCUUGUCGCCCGCAAUUAACAACUAGCACUGCCUAUGUACUCAAAGUAAAUAUACAUAUAAAAAAUGUAUAUUGAUACAGUUCACAAAAACGUGCUUGCAAAGAAAGCAGCAACAAUGCACGUAAUAUAAAAUUGCGUGUUAAGGACAACAAAUGUGCUGUAAUGUUAGACUGUAAUCAGCUCAUAAAACAUAAUAAAGUUAUUCAGGCUAAAAAAGGAAACUUUAAAAAACAAAGUUUUAAAAAAAGAUGACUGCCCGUUAACACAUUCUGCGAAGCAAUAACUGGCCUUGAGCAUCGCAUGCUCUCAUAUGCUUCUCUUCCAAGAUCGAUGCAGUUGAUAAGCCACCCAUGCACCGGUGUUUUGGAAGAUCAUAAGUUCCAAUCAUGUAUGGUAAACGAGUUGUUUCUAUGUCCUAGCCAUGACACACGGCGAUUAUCACAGUAUAGGUUGAUUCCUAAGGAAUUAAAAAAGUCAAUUUGAAUUUGACACGUAUAUCAUUUUCCUUUAAACAGAAACGUGGGGUGGAUGACCGGGAAAAGCUGCCAUUUUAUCCUUACAGAGACGAUGGCCUUCUUUUGUAUGCAAAGUUGGACGAUUUUGUAGAUGCCUAUGUUGAUGCGUAAGUAGAUAGAAUAGUACUAUCGUUCGGUUCUCUUAUACGCGUAGUGUAAAGUGAAAUUGGGUUGCCACCGAGAUGAAAUAAAAUGUGUAUACAAAUCGAAAUACCACUAUAAUUCUAUGAUUAUGUUAGCCUGCGUGGCAGGCGUUCGAAAGGGAAGGGGAAGGGAAUUAGGGUGCGAGGCCACGCAGGCUAUGAUUAUGUUUUUGUACCGAAUUCCUUUAACCCUCCAUUCAGGACAAAGAUGUCAGUUUUCUUUUCUGUAUGCCAUGCAGAUCAAUCAAUCAAUAACGCAAACGUGGCCGUUUUUAUGCCGGCUUAAAGUCGUCUUAAGAAGAAUGGGUUGUUUCAGUAGUUGGGAAUUAAGAAUCAGUAUUUAUUUGGCCUUAAAGUCGUCUUAGAAUAAAAAACGGUAAAUGAGACAGAGGUAUUUAAGAUCUGAUGACUUUAACGUUUUAGACGUUAAGCGAGUCUAGUAUAAGAACGGGACUUCCUACUGACUGGAAAGCACUUAUGUGCGCGCAGCUCGUCAAACCUAUCAAGUAGACUGGGACGAGUCAUUGUUUUAGAGGUGAAAUCGAAGCAACGUGCAAUCUGUUUUUUAUUUUAAUGAGAUUUUCUACUAUUAUGCGUACUAUUUUUACAGAAAGUGGCUUAAAGACUCUUAGUAUAAAAACGGGUAAUGUCUUGUUGGGCACAUUCGACGUUUGACUUUUUUAAUUUAGACGUUGAAGUAUUUCGGCUUUAUAAGUUUUAGAGGUCUUCGAGUCUAAGAAAGUGUUUUGUUGUUGUUGUUUUUUUCUUUUAAUUUGCUUCACGGGUAGACCUAGCUAAAAUGUUUGAGUGUGAUAUUACGCCCUAGGUACUAUGAAGACGACCAAGAAGUGGAAUCGGACAACGAACUGCAAGAACUUGUCAAUGAACUAUCAGCUAAUGGAACAGGAGACUUCGGGGGAAUGGGCAUGGUGAGACACUUCACAAAGCAAUCUUAUCUGUUAUGGUAGAAGUGUAUUCAGUUGAGUGCUUUUCUAGCAUACAGUAUACAGCUAUUUCGAGAAAGGUUGUUUGAAAAAGUGCACCAGACAAUCCUGAAGCAUUUCGUUAAAGAAAUAGAAAAAAUGGCACGAGAGGUGACAUGGACAAUGUCUGCGAGUGCUAAAGGAAAUAACUAAAAGUAGGUUCGACAGCUACGCUUACAGUGACUGGAACAGUGUAUUGAUCAUAUCCCAUAUUACCUUUCGGGAUUUUCGCGUGCACAUUUCUUUUCCGACAACCUUUCUCGAAAUAGCUGUAGACAUUUCAAUUAAGCCUUCAUACAUAGCCGACCGUGUUCUACAACUACAAUGCGAUCAUCGAUGACAACACAUAAACCCUUAGAGACAACUUUCCUUAUCCCAUAGUUUCUUGCGGGUGCCAUCACCAAAUGACGUAUGACAAAAGACUGAAAGGACACGGACCAUAUCCACAAAACUAGAAGUGAACCAAACAAUAGUUUCCUCGACACCAAGAAACAUCCCUUUUAUUCGUCGUCUAUUAUUCUGCAAAAAAAAACUAACAAUAUUACCAUAUUGAGAUUGAAAGAUUUUGGUCUAGUUGUUUGUAACGAAAUUUUGUGGAAAACCUGUUGAGAUCUCAGACAGAAUAGUGACAGAUUAUUCCUUAGAUAGUUCAGGGGCAUUAAUAUUUAACCAUUAUUCAGAGAAGGCUAUAAAUUACAAAUAAAGUUUAUCGUGCUUAUGUGCCUUUACCCCCACUAAGGUUCAGAAAUUCCCAGCAAUUAUAGAAAGCAAAGCUACAUUACGGAAAGUUCUGACCACACUAAUGUGGGCGUUUACUGGUCGUCACGCGGCCACCACGUACCCCAUUCUGGAAUAUGGUGGUUUUUUACCAAACGCACCUCACAGAAUGUUUGCUGACCAGGAUGGUAACGAAGUUUUCUCUAACCUCAUGUUUGGAAACAAGGCUGUAGCACUGGUAAGGCGACACAUCUCUUAAAAGACCCCUGGAAACCUGUAGUAAUGAAUAACAGAAGGAAGUUUUUUUUAAGCACAGUAGUGAAAGAAAAAACUAUAAUUAUUAUGUACUAAAGUUCAUAUCACGUGCAUGAGACAGAACAAAUCCUGAACCCUCUAGCAGGAUUCAAACCUAUGAUCUCCUAGCCUAACAUUGGGCGGGCCGCGUCCGAGCUACGGCGGUGUGCUUAAUGGAAAAAAGUGGCUUUCAGCCUUGUUCUGUCUUGUCAAUCGUUGUAGCCGACCCCAAGAGUAACAACAUGCAAUCGCAGGUGCCAAUUUCUACUAACUCUGGUUACAUAUUGACUGAAUAGGGAAGGCAAAGCGAAACUUCUCGUUUUCAAUUCUGUAGAAUCCAAAGUGUUUCAUAGCUUUAGAAGCUAGAGCUACGGUGGAAUCUCGAUUUAGCGACCUCCAUAUAACGAAGUCUUCGGUAUAACGAAUGAUAAUUCCUGGCGCCAGUAAUAGUAAAUUAUAUGACGAAAAAGUUAAGAACCUCCGUGAGUCGAUAAAACGAAAACCUCGUUAUUACGAACAUAUUUUAUGCAAGUCCCUUGGCCCUUCGUUAUAUCGAGGUUCCAUUGUAUCAUAUCACAUGACAGACUUCUUGAACUCGUUGAUAUAAUUAGGGUAUGUACUUUUAUUUCUAUUUUUUUUUUUCAUUUCAUAACAGGAAAUAGCAGAGUUAAGUUCCAACCUGGCAGGGAUUCAUCUGGAUCAACUUCUCGACUACUCCUCCAAAAUCGAGGGCAAGAAAGGAAUCGAAGUUGUAGAGAAACAUCAUAAGCAACUUGAAUCCUUAACAAAAGAGAUACUGAAAGCGAACGAUCAACGGGUAGUCCAAGGUUUCUUGCCAUAUCCCUAUUUUCUACCCGCAUACGUCACUAACAGUCCAAGCACGUAGUUUUCUUUGAGUGGAGUUAUGAUAGAAGAGUUUUUGACUGAUUAGGGUUUGUAUUGGGGCACUCUUAACUGUUUUAUCAAGGUAAUUGAGAGCCUGUUAAUUAUAAGAGGCAUCUGUGGGUGAGUUAGUAACAAAACAUAAUCUAGACCCAGAUCUCGUACACCCAAGGUGCACUAAGACAGCG